CAACGCCGUCCCAGACGGGAACAUUCGAUUUCUCUGCGGCGACCAUUGGUGUUUCUUCAUGUCAUUUUGUUUUCGUGUGUCUAUUCGUUAUUAGACUAGACGCAUUUUAACAAUAAUUAUGCGUCGCGAAUGGUGAUUACGAAUAUGAAGAAAUAGUGGAACACGAUGAUAAACAAUUUAAGAAGGCGGUUAUUAUAGUGAUUCCUCCUUUUGUUGGCGGAUUCCGCGCGUUACAGACUCCAAAAAAUUCCUAUUUAUUGUGUGUACAUUAGGUGUAUUUAAAGACUGAUCCCCAAAGGAAAUGGAUGAGAAAUCGGCGAUAUUCAUCGUCAGUUUGCUGCUGAUCGGCGUGAUAAACAAAGUCGUAUGGUGCGCGGAAGACAACAGCUCGUUGUCAGGGCACGCCCCUUCAGAGGGGGGAGCGGGCCACUGCGUCUGGUACGGCGAAUGCAACAAGAAGAGCUCCACCAAACAAAAUUGCCCGUACGACGGCCCCGCGAAGCCCCUGGAUGACGCUAAGGGGAAGGCGUUGUUGAAGAAAUGGUGCGAUGGGGUCAUCGAUCCUGACAAGCCAAUGUGCUGCGAUUACGCGCAACUUCAGACGUUCGACCAGAAUAUGGGCAUGCCCAGUAGUUUGCUGGGGAGAUGCCCGUCAUGUUUUGUGAACCUACGAAGACAUAUCUGUCUGCUGACUUGUGCUCCGAACCAAUCAGAGUUCCUCGAAGUGAAGAAGACCGAAGUGAAUAAGGAGAACAGAACUUACAUCACUGAAUUGGAUAUCCAUAUCACCAAUGAUUAUCUAUGGGGAACUUUCAACUCCUGCAUUCAAGUCAGCGUACCAUCUACGGGUACGAAAGCGCUGGAUUUGAUGUGCGGUCAAUGGGGCGCCGUCAAGUGCAAUCCGAUGCGGUGGUUCUCGUACAUGGGCGACAAGACCACAUUCAGCGUUCCCUUUCAAAUGAACUACAUCAACGAAACAGGCAAUUCGACCGGCGGCAGAUUCACGCCCAUGGAUCCACCUACGAUUCCGUGCAGCCAGUCAGUGGACGGUGUGUCGGCGGCGUGCAGUUGUGUGGACUGCGCCCAAAGUUGCCCGGUGCCUCCCCCUCCCGCCCCAAAACCAGCCCCGUUUGUCAUCGCUGGCUUCGAUGGGGUGUCUUUCCUCAUGUUGAUCAUUUUCCUCGCCGGAUCGAUGGCCUUUCUCAUGUGGAUAUACGUCUGCAAGCCUAAGAAUGACAACAUUAGAGGACGUGUCAGUUUCGAACAAGAAUUGUUCAUUGAGACGAAUGAUGAAUUUGAUCAAGCGGUGGGCAGUAGCAUUGCGGCCGAAUUGGGGCAUCGUUCCGAGGAAUUGCGUGCGGCCGUCGGCAGGCGAUUAGCGGGCGGCACUCCGCAGAGGCAUGCGUCGCAAGUCGCUCUCGGAGAGGCCGUCGAAAACGAGGACAGCCCCUUGCAAUCAUCCAAGAGAUCUAGUGUAGCGUCUGAGGCCGCCCACGAGCUGGACUCGCAUUCGAUCAACAAAUCCUCGGAAGAUUACGAGAAACCGUCGUCGUUCAUCGAGAAAUUGGGCGCAAACACGGACUUGUACCUGCAAAGGGGAUUCGAAAAAUGGGGCACAUACUGCGCGCAGAAACCGUGGCUGAUACUGUUUCUGGGAGCAUGUCUGGUCGUCACUUUAGGACACGGCGUUAAAUACUUGAAGGUAACGACGGAUCCUGUGGAAUUGUGGGCGUCUCCGACGUCUCGCAGCCGCGUCGAGCGCGAAUAUUUCGACAGCCACUUCGAGCCGUUCUACCGCACCGAACAGAUCAUCAUCAGGGCGAGGAACCUCUCCGAAAUACACCACAAUACGUCCGACGGUAUCGUCGAGUACGGUCCGGCUUUUAACAGGGAUUUCCUGUUGGCCGUGUUAGAUUUGCAAGAGAGAAUCAAGAAAAUCGGCGAAGGAGAAUGGUACAGCUUGGACAAGAUCUGUUUGGCGCCGUUGAGGAGCGUAGGUCAGACUGAGACUGACGUGAACGAGUGCAUAGUGGAGAGCAUUUGGGGAUAUUACAAGGACAGCAUAGAAGAAUUCAACAAAACCGAGCUGGAUCCUGCUAAAUAUACCACCAACUAUUUGGAUCACUUCAUAAAAUGCGCCGCGAAUCCAUACGAUCCUCUGAACUGCAUAGCGCCUUACGGCGGUCCCGUGGACCCCGCAAUCGCCCUAGGCGGUUUCCUGCAACCGGGCGACACUUUAGCCAAAGAGCCGCACUACGAAAAGGCCACCGCGGUGAUUCUCACGUUCAUCCUUCAAAAUUAUCACAACAAAUCGUUGUUGUCGCCGGCGAUGGAAUGGGAGAAGGCGUACGUGGAGUUUAUGCGAAAUUACACGGAAACGGAAAAACCCGAUUUCAUGGACAUCGCGUUCAGUUCGGAACGAUCCAUCGAAGACGAACUGAAUCGAGAGAGCCAGUCUGACGUGCUCACCAUUUUGAUCUCUUAUCUGAUCAUGUUCGCGUAUAUCGCCGUCUCCUUGGGACAAGUCAACACUUGCUCCAGGCUUCUGAUAGACAGCAAAGUGACGCUGGGUCUCGGUGGUGUCCUGAUCGUACUUACCUCCGUGAUAUCGUCCGUCGGUCUGUUCGGAUUCGUCGGAAUUCCGGCCACGUUGAUCAUCAUCGAGGUGAUACCGUUCUUGGUUUUGGCCGUCGGCGUGGACAACAUCUUCAUCUUGGUGCAGACCCACCAGAGGGACGCGAAAAGACCGAACGAGUCGCAAGCGGAACACAUCGGGCGCAUCCUAGGACAAGUCGGGCCUUCCAUGCUGCUCACCAGCGUAUCGGAAAGCUGCUGCUUCUUCCUGGGCACGCUGUCGGACAUGCCGGCGGUCAGGGCGUUCGCCCUAUACGCAGGUAUGGCUCUGUUGUUCGAUUUUCUGUUGCAAAUCACCUGCUUUGUGAGUCUCCUGUCACUGGACACGAUGCGGCAACAGUCGAACCGUUUGGACAUUUUCUGUUGGAUCAGAGGCAGCAAAAAGAACGAACCCCAUGGAGGCGCCGCUGGCGGAGGUCAAGAAGGCCUCCUUUACACAUUUUUCAAAGAGGUCUACGUACCGCUGCUCAUGAAGAAAUCGGUUAGAGUAAUCGUGAUGAUAGUGUUUUUCGGAUGGUUGUGCUCGUCAAUAGCUGUCACACCAAAAAUCGAAAUUGGUCUAGACCAAGAAUUAUCUAUGCCCGAAGAUAGCUACGUCCUAAAAUACUUCAAGUCUUUAAAGGAAUACCUCAGCAUAGGGCCUCCGGUAUAUUUCGUGGUGAAGAACGGCCUUGACUACAGCGAAGAGCCGAUCCAGAACAAGAUUUGUUCUGGACAGUACUGCAACAAUAAUUCUCUGGUAACGCAAGUGUUCGUGGCCAGCAAAAUGCCGGAAUCCUCGUACAUUUCCCGACCGAGUUCCAGUUGGAUCGACGAUUAUUUCGAUUGGUCAGCCUCGAGUGAUUGUUGCAAACGCUACACCAACGGCAGUUUUUGCCCCCAUACCGAUCCUGAUGGCGAUUGCGAGGAGUGCGAGAUCGCGUUGUUGCCGCGCACGAAGCGUCCCGACGCCGAGGACUUCAAGCGGUACGUGCCGUUCUUUUUGAAGGACAAUCCGGACGAUUCUUGCGCGAAAGCGGGUCACGCCGCGUACGGAUCGGCCGUCAAUUACAGGGAGAAUAGAUCGAGCCAUCUGGCGGAGGUCGGAGCAUCCUAUUUCAUGGCCUACCACACGAUAUUGAAAACGUCCGCCGAUUAUUACGAGAGCAUGAGAGCCGCUAGAAAGCUGGCCGGCCAAAUGACCGACACAGUUGGAGUGGAGGUGUUCCCGUAUUCAAUAUUCUACGUGUUCUACGAACAGUACCUGACGAUGUGGCCCGAUACUCUGUUCAGCGUCGGCGUCAGUUUACUCGCCAUAUUCCUGGUCACUUUCUUCCUCAUGGGACUGGACGUAUUUUCCAGUAUCACCGUAAUCAUCACUAUCACCAUGAUUCUCGUAAAUCUCGGAGGACUCAUGUACUGGUGGCACAUAACGUUGAACGCCGUCUCGUUAGUGAACUUGGUGAUGGCGAUCGGCAUUUCGGUGGAGUUCUGUUCGCAUUUGGUGCACAGUUUUUCGACGUCCGUGAAGGCGACGCGUCUGGAAAGGGCGGCCGACGCUCUCACCAGAAUGGGCAGCUCCGUUUUCUCGGGCAUCACGCUCACCAAAUUCGGGGGCAUCAUCGUACUCUAUUUCGCCAAGAGCCAGAUUUUCCAGGUGUUCUAUUUCCGAAUGUACCUGGGCAUCGUGUUAUUUGGCGCAUCUCACGGACUCAUCUUCCUGCCUGUACUUUUAAGUUUUAUAGGGUCUCCGAUGAAUAAGGAGAAAUUGGCGAAACACAGGACUUUAAACGGGGAGCAAAUCCAGGAGACGCGUUUCGGCAGAGCGUGAUGUCGUCGCGAGCCUCCUCGCUCCGUGAUCGCGACCAGCUGCACCGCGGACCAACAACCUUGGACAUCGACGAGAUCGAGGUCGAGGGGGGGCCAUCGUCUCCUCUGUUGCUGCCAACUGCAUCGCACCCUGGGUACAAUGCUUUAGAUCGAUCGCCUUUCGAUCGCGUGCGAACAAAUUAACGCGACGAACAGAUAUGUUCGUCAUUGGCCGCUAUUGCUUCACUGUCUAUCGUAUAUAAAUACAUUUAUUCCUAAGGGACCAAAGAAUGCGUCAGUCUCAUUACAUUGGUUCAGAAAUAAGAAAUGCGAGACGUACACCUUUUGGUUUUUGCAAAUUUUGUUUACAAAAAUCUCAACCUCGUAUGUACUUUUUGAACAAUUGUAACUUGAGUCCUCAGUCCCUCUUAACGUUGAAUAUAAACGUCAAACUGUCGCAUUUAUUCAACCAAUUUUCCUUCAACAAUAUCGCAGUCGUGUACACGUUUGUAUCGUUCCUGGGAAUAACGCGUACAGUCUCCGAAAAUCAAAAGUUCGCCUCGUGUUAACCUAUCAAACAAAACAAUUAAGUAAGCCUAAAACACUGCUCGGAGACUUGUAAAGGUUUGAUCUGCAAUUUAGAUACUUGGACACCUCAAAAAUAAUGAUUUUUAACCGAGUUUUCGGGCACCAAUGAGCCCGAUGAACGGUUUACAUUUCGAAAACGCUCAGUUUAAGAGAGCUAUGUCUAAGGUCGUUUUUGUUUGAAAUUGUCCGGAAAGCCUUGAAAGAAAUUUAUCCGGAUCGAAAAAAAUGCUGAAAUUUGCCAGCUGUGAAAACUGUUCUCGUAAAGUCAUUAUUUCUUUUUAAUUUAACCUACAAGACUCAAAAGAGUAUCGAGUAUUACUUUUAAUUUUCGCUGACUGUACCUGCUCUCAUGAUAAAUGAUACGGCAACGUGAUAACAUUGAUAUUGCUGGGUAAGAACGGAUUGUGCAGUAUAUUCUAAACGUAGUAAGUUUUUAUUUUACAAGAGUGAUAUUUUUAAUUAUAAGAACGAGGUUGUUGUUAUCGUUGUAUGGGUGUUUGUAACUCCUUACGUAGAAAAAAUACUUUUAAACAUAAUUGUUUUGUUAGAGUGACUUCGCCCUCAGAAUUUUGUUAUAUAUAUUUUGAUGUGAUGUGGAACAUGGACUAUUUUGUAGCUUAAAUAAUAAAUAGUAGCAAAAUUUUGAAGUGAAAGGAAUGAUAGUGAAUUUGUAGUCGCGUUAUUUUUUUAGCCAAAGUGUAUGGAUAAAUUAUGUGUCGCUUGGAACCCUCUCGUCAAAUGUUUACGUCAAUAUCUCUGCGUUAUUUCGAUUGUAAAUAAUGUAUCAAGGAAUAGGGUGCUAUCAAGUUGUUCAUGUGGAUGAAACAUGAGAAAAUAGGGUAAAUAAGUAUGGUGUGUUAACGCAGUUCAAUGGUUAAAUGAUAUGUUGAAAGAUUAAGGUUUAUUUCUAAAAAUUUUGAUAGGUAGCGGCAUUUUAUGAUAUAAACAAGCGUGUACUUAACUGAACCAUUUUUUCAAAUUAUUUAAUUAGCAGUAUUCGUGUAUUUUAUACCCUCCAACGUGCCUUCAAAGUUUUUAGUAAUGAUCGUAUAUGUAUUUUUCGUUAAAAGAGAAUCAUAAAAAAUCGUUUAACCAAUCAGUAUAAACGGACCUUGAAAGAUAUUUUUGAAUUUUGUAAAAUAAAACUGUUUGAAUUGUAUGCAUAUGUAAGAAGACUGGAUAGAAAACACCUUAAACAGGAUGUUUCCAUAUCAUGCUGCUUUGUGAUUUAAAGAUUUUUUUGUAAGCAACUCCAUGGAAUUUCUAAUCACUUUUUUGUACUUGUCCACGUAAUUAAAAUUAAUAAUAAAAAAAAUAUCGUUAUACAGAGUGCAACCUAACAAGAACGUAUAGUGAAACAAAUUUAAAUAGAAAAGAUCAAUCAUAUAGACAUGUGUCGUAAAAAGCCUAGUUUCCAAAGUAUGGUUUAUACAAAUUUUGAUUUUUCAUUAGCAUCUCGAAAAUUUUUAUGCCGAUGCUGACAGUUAUUUUUUUUCGGAUUACAGUUAUGACACACUUUU